UGCUAGGGAGAUUGUUUGAUGCUAGCUACAGCGGAAGUAGGCAGUCCUAAAAUUAAAAUACAAACAGAGAAAGCUGUCAUUUUUUAGGGUAACCAGAUAAAACACAUCACAGCUGUUCUGUGUUGUGUAAUAAGUCAAUGCGUAAUAGCAGUAGCGGAGUUUUAAACCACAAGGCACCCAACAGCUAACGUCGUAAGGGCGAGAGAAGGGAGGGACCGUGCUAUCCACCCUAACAUUGGUGCGUAUGCUGGCAGCCCAGCGAGCUUUCUGGACUCCCUCAUUCACCUUCAGCAGUACCCACAAGAAGUAGUUGUCCUGUCAAGGGUGGGGUGAUGCCCGGAGCUCAGUGUUCACCAUCUCUGGGCUGCUGAAUGUCCAGCAAUGAAGAGCCAUUGCGCCUUGCGAGCCGACAUCACUUAUUUAGUUUUUAGAGGAUGGAGUGGUUGCAGUGGACUAGCAAGUCCGGUUUUUCAUUAACAUGUGCUUAAUGCAAAUGUAGGAAUGAGACGAUGAGAAUGAUGAAGAGCUGAGCUUUGAGUUGGACUCUAAGAAGUGAAAACCUCAUCGUGGAUCUUAUACAGCUUUUGGACAUAGAUAAUCCUGUUGGCAACCCUUCCCCCCUUUGCUAUAUUUAACCAGCUUUUAUGUUCAUGUAUCUUUCUCAGUCUUUUAGUUGUAGUGCAGAAGUAUUGAUCCAAGAAAGUUGGCCCCCUUUUUGUUUUUAUUUUUUACUUUCACCUUUUGUUCCUUUGUAAAGAAAUGCUUUACCUGAAAAAGUACUUCACAGAGGGCCUGAUUCAGUUCACCAUCCUUCUGAGUCUCAUUGGGGUGCGGGUGGACGUUGACACCUACCUAAGCAAUCAGCUGCCCCCACUGAGAGAGAUCAUCCUGGGGCCUAGCUCAGCCUACACCCAGACACAGUUUCACAACCUGCGCAACACACUGGACGGCUAUGGCAUCCAUCCAAAAAGCGUGGACCUCGACCAUUUCUUCACCACUCGACGGCUGCUAAACCAGGUGCGCCAGCUGGAUCGCCUCUUCGUGCCCAGUACCGAGCUCAAUACCUGGCUAGUGCAUCGUGACUCUGAUACUGUGGUGUCCGCCAGCAGCCAGUCCAGCCCCAGCAUCACCCUGGACAAUGGGGCCGGCCUAGAGGACGUUAACAACCCUGACCCUACCAUGAGGGGAGGAAGUGGAGCGCCUGAAUCCACGUACAGUCUGAACACAGCCGACAGCACCCUGGGAGCUGUGGCCCCAGAGGGCAACCAGGAGCAGGGCAACAGGGAUGGCAAUGACGACCUCACCAAAGAGGACAUUGACUUGAUUGACAUCCUAUGGCGACAGGACAUUGACCUUGGUGCAGGAAGAGAAGUGUUCAACUACAGCAACCGUCAGAAGGAAAACGAGGAGGAGAAGCCCAGCCCACAGGAGAACAAAGAUGGGAACGAGGAACAAGAGAGCUGGAGGAAUGGCGUAAACUUACAAGGAGCUCCGCCAGUGGACGGAGAGACUGGAGAGAGCAUUCCUGAGCAGCUCCCAGGUCUCGGCUCACAGACUUCACUGUCUCUACAAGAAUGCUUGCGGCUGUUGGAGGCCACAUUCCCUUUUGGAGAAGAAGCUGAGUUUCCAGCCCCAGUCGUCAGCCCGGAAAUUGCUGUUUCCAAUGAAGAAGCUCCUUCUACAUCUCAGGGCCUCCCUCUGGUGCCACAGCUACCCUCAGCAGAGCCACAGUUAGAUCUGGAGCAGCAGUGGCAAGACAUCAUGGCCAUCAUGGAGCUACAAGCAAUGGAGGUGAACAACACUUCACUCCACACCAGUUCAAGCAGUGUAAGUGCCGUAAGUGGGACAACUGAGUCAAAUGCUGCGGGAAACUUUGGACUUACUCCUCGCUCGACGCCGAUAAACCAGGACGUCAGCCUUCAUCAGGCUUCCCUCCCCAGCUGCAGCCAAGACUUCCCCCAGAUUUUCAACCCCCAGCUGGACUCUACAAGCAUUGCCCCAAGAACCGCCACGCUCAGACCCUCCUCCAGCAACUCCACUAACAUCAACUCCACAUUUGGAGCCACAAACCUGACUGGGAUCUUUCUCCCACCACACAUAAACAGUUCCAGUAACAACGUUACUGCCACACCUGUCCUGCCUGAUCCAUUCAGCACCCUGCUGGAGGAGUCAAUGCUUGAUGAAAUCAGCCUGCUGGACCUCGCCAUGGAGGAAGGCUUCAGUCAGGCCCAGGCGUCGCAGUUGGAGGAUGAGCUUGACUCAGAUUCUGGUCUUUCCCUGGACUCCAGUCACAGCCCGGCCUCCCCAAGCAGCUCAGAAACCUCCUGCUCAUCUGCAGCUUCCUCCUCUUCAACUUCUGCCACUUUCUCGGAGGAAGGAGCUGUGGGCUACAGCACAGACUCCGAGGUAGCCACUGUAGAGACGGAGGAAGGCGCUGUUGGAGGUUACCAGCCUGGGUAUAGCAAGCUCUGCCGUAUGAGCUACCAGGACCCCUCUCAGUUCCACACCCUCCCUCAGCUCGACAGCAUCAGCCAUAAUCAUACCUACAACCUGCCGCUUUCCUCUGCCUUCUCUGAGCACCCAGAGCUCCCCAUCUCAGUUGGGAAGAAGACUGUCCGCGAUAAACAGAACUCAAAGCCUCAGCCUCCUCAGGACCUGCUCGACAAGCACUCAAGCCGUGACGAGCGCAGAGCCCGGGCCAUGAAAAUCCCUUUCUCAAAUGACAAGAUCAUCAACCUGCCUGUGGAAGAGUUCAACGAGCUCCUAGCCAAGCACCACCUGAGUGAACCCCAGCUGGCCCUCAUCCGCGACAUCCGCAGGCGCGGCAAGAACAAGAUGGCAGCCCAGAACUGCCGGAAACGCAAGUUGGACACCAUUAUAAAGCUGGAGCAGGGUGUCCAAGAUCUGAGGCGCGACAAGGCCCGCCUACUGAAAGAGAAGAUGGAAUUUAUUCGCUCCAUCCGGCAGAUGAAGCAGAAGAUGCAAAGCCUGUACCAAGAGGUGUUCACUCAGCUGAGGGACGAGGAGGGCCGGCCCUAUCCUCCCAGCGAGUACUCGCUGCAGUACAGCGCCGAUGGCAGCGUGCUCAUCAUGCCCCGCGGCGUGACGACUGCCGAGCAGAACCGGAAGCCAGAGAAAAAACAGAAGGACAAAAAGAAGUGAGGGGGGACAAACUGCUGUUUAUUCUAUGACUUUGCUAAGUCAGUAAGAAAGAUUUCUGCAGACGUGAGAGAGAUGUCCUUUUUUCCUUUAAGAAGAUUGUGGUGAGUAAAAAAAAAUGGCAUUGUUGACUACUCUUCCUGCAUUAGUUUCUCCCGUUUCAUUCUGUUCCUACAAUUUUUGUUCCUGGAAGCAACUUUGACGCAGAAGUAGCUCUUCAUUUGAGUACUGAGAUUUAAUUAUUUAGACGUGGAGAAGAGGGAUAUAAAAGGACAUAAAACGAGCUAUUAGGAAGAAAAAAAAAAUUAGCUGCUCUUGAUCCUUUUGCACCAAACCACUGAGGAUGGAGGAGAUUCGCAGGGUGAAAGAAGGGACUGGUGGGAGUACAAAAACACUGUCGAGGAUGGUUGGGAUACCUAUGCACCGAAGGUUUUAAAGGACUAGCAGAUCACAUCCCACCCUGGAGACUUUUUGGUGAUUUUUCAUAGUCACUGAGGCUUUUAAGUUGCAAAGAACGGCAUCUAUGGUUGUGUGAGUUUAGAUACCAAAGGCUAAAAGGAAGUCCAUUAUUUUAGGAUUAACACCUAUACUAACCAAAGGUUGUAUUUGGUGCACAUCACAUGAUCUGUAUACAUCUUAAAUGCUCCAACACUGCACUCUAAUUCUGUAGGUUCCAGUUUUUGAGUCAGAUGGCAUGUAAGUUUCGAAGGCCAUAAAUGGAUCGGGUUUGAUGUGUGGAAGGUGGAUGUUGAGAUGAGAGGAGUCAGAGGCUGAGAGCGUUCCCUACGCUGGCCGCUACUGAAAGAGGCCUGGAGGUGAAAUCUUUGAAGAGGAGCAGAUUUAGGGAGGAGGCACGCUGCAUUGCAAAAUGUAUCGGCUUCCUUAUAAAUUAUACAUAGCACUGUAAUUUGUCCUUAAAAGGCUUGGCUAUAUGCAUUUUGCCGUGUCUGUCGCUAUUCCUUCGCUGCAGGUUUAAAUACGGGAGCUGCGUUUAGGAAGGCUCUUAUUAACUGUUCAUAAUCUGUAGUAUAAGCAAGGUUAUAGGUCUAGCCACAUCAGCUUUACAUAUUAGUCUACACCCUUUUUGUUGAUUUGAAAACUAUGAGCCUGUAAUUUCAUGAAGAAUUCAAGGAAACUGUGAUGGACCAGGAUCUCCUGAGAGUACUGUGUUACCAAAACCAACUCCAGGCAGUCGUGGGUCGAAGGUAUUUGUCAGUUUCUUGGAUGCCCCAUUUUAAGCAUUAAUAAAAAGCAGGCUCAGUCGACGCUGGGGUGUAAGUAACUUAUUCGCCAAAUGUUAAAUAUGGCUGCGUUAGGACCAUUGAAGCGAGGAAAAAAAUGUAAGAUUGGCAAAGGUGGGGUAAAAUUCAGAGGAGAAAACCUGAGUGUUUGAGAUUAGUGUCAUAAAAUUUGAAGGAAAAAUCUCAAAUUUCAGAGAAAAGGAUGGCAAAUAUAGGAUUUUUUUUUAAAAAUGGCAGAUUUUAGGAAACUAAACAGGCAAAUUCAUAAGGAAAUGACUGCUAAGUUUAAAUGGAAAAAAUGGGAAAUUCAUUUAAAAACUGUCAAUUUACAUAAAACGAACAAUUUCAGAGAAAACUACUGUCAAAUUGUUGAGAAAAGAAUGGGUAAAUUUACAAGGGAAAAAUGGAAAAUCUUCAAGUAAAAAUUGGCAAAUGUGUGAGGAAAAGCUUGAGUAAAGUUGGAAACUACAAGAAUAAAAGGCAAAUUUACGAGAGAGAGAAACAGAAUUUUUUUUUAGAUUAAAAUGGCAAGAAGAAAAUGGGAAAAUUAUGGGAAAAAAUAGAAUAAAAAUUUAGAACACCUUGCUAUUUUUUUUUCCAUACAUUUUCUUGGGGGGGGGUCAUAAAGUUACAGUUUUAAUUUAGAAUAUUCUGAUAUAUCUCCUUGAAUAUUGCCCCCUUCGGCCGGCUCCUUACAUUUUGCUUUACCUUGAAUGGCCCUGAUGCGCCGUUGUAACUGUGGAAAGCCACUUGAGGAUUUUUAACUGCUGUAAAGCCAAGCUGAUGGCUUAAAUAUUACAAAUCAUACUUUAAGUUUUUGCGUUGAUAACAAAGUAAGCCACACGAGUAAUAGCGUGACUUGAAUGUGUGAAAUGAUGGCACGUGUUGUGGCCACUUUGAUUUGAAUGCCUUUAUUUAACAUUGUCUUCACUUUUAAGGGUUUUGAGAACCGAAGAGAGGGAAAAAAAAACGUUCUCAAAGUAGAAGUGCUAUUACUUGUCUAUUUGAAUGAAGUUUGUCAGUACAUGUGUAAUAUCACUUUCUUGAAAAAAUAAAAAAUAGGUCAGUUGUUGCGGCUGAGAUAGGAGUUAGGUUAGAACAUUUUCCAAGAGGCUGAGCAGAACUCGCAACAUUAAGAUGAUGUCCAAAAAAACUGUUUUGAGCGGAGAAAUGUCCUCAUUAAAUGUGAUAUUCAGGCAUGAACCUCUGGUUAACAUUCACUUCAGUGUAACCCAGUGCAACACCAACUACUUAGUACUGCUACUACUUAGUGCACUUUUUUUGUCUGUCUCGUUCUGUAAAUAUUUUCAUGUUUGUGUUUGUUCUGAUUUUAUGUAGUCUGUCCAUUAACAGUCACACCCUCUGCUUUGAGUUUGGAUGUAGUUCCCUCCGUUUUGAGAUGUUUGCUGGCAAUCAAGAAUUGUUUUUAUUGAUUAAUAAAGUGUUUUUAUUUUCACCUGUGA